AUGCUCACCGUGCUGCACUUCUCCUUGUACCGAGCGCCGAGCUUUGCGGCCCUGCAGGUGCAGAUCAUCCCAGCACAGGGCGAGAUCAGCCUGGGAGACUCCAAGUUCUUCAUCUGUGAAGUGGUGGGAGACGCUAAAGACAUCGACUGGUUCAAUCCUCAGGGAGAGAAGAUCGUUCCAGACAACCCAAACAUCUUCGUGAGCAGGAACGAUGAGGUCACGUCCACGCUCACCAUCUACCACGCCAAGAUGGAAAACGCCGGAAUCUACAAGUGCAUGGCCAAGGCCCCGGGGCAGGAGGCCGAGGCCACCGUGCAAGUCAAGAUCUUCCAAAAGAUCACCUUCAAGAACGCCCCGAGCCCACAAGAGUUCAACGAAGGAGACGACGCCGACCUGGUGUGCGAUGUGGCCAGUUCGCCCCCUGCUGAAAUCGUGUGGAAGUACAAGUUCAAUGUCAUCAAGAGCGCCAAAGACGUGAGAUUCAAAGUACUGGACAAUGGACACCUGCUGAUCCGCGGCAUAAAGAAGGCGGACGAGGGCAUGUACAGCUGCGAGGCCCGGGUCAUCGCCAGAGGGGAGCUCGACUUCAGGCCCAUCAAAGUGGUCAUCAACGUCCUGCCCAGCAUCCGUCCUCGUCAGUCUGAGGUGAACGCCACAGCAGGAGAGUUGAGCACUGCUAUGCUCGCCUGUGAUGCCGACGGCUUCCCUGAACCCACCGUCACCUGGGCACAUAACGGCGUCGUCCUUGUGAGCGGAGAUAAGUACAGUGUGAACGAGGACGGUUCCGAGCUGCUCAUACGAGACGUGAAGAAGGUGGACGAGGGGGAGUACACGUGUGUGGCCCGCAACAAGGCCGGAGAGACCGCCCAGGAAGUCAGCCUCAAAGUGUUCGUGCCACCAAAGAUCACGUUCCUGAACAACCAGAGCGCGUCAGAGUUUGAUGAUCAUGUGACCCUGACCUGUGAGGCCUCAGGAGACCCCACCCCCAGCAUCCAGUGGAGCUACGACCAAAGAGUCUUCACUGAGGGAGAGCAGGCUUCUUGGACGCGCCCUGACAAAUACGAGAGUUUGGAUCGUAACAUCGUGGUGAGGAGCCAUGCCCGCGUCUCCUCCCUCACCCUGAAGAACGUUCAGUUCACCUACGCUGGUCAGUACCUGUGCACCGCCAGCAACUCCAUCGGCGAGGACAGCCAGACCGUGAGCCUGGAAGUGCGAUACUCUCCAAAGAUCCUGGGCCAGGUGACGGUGUACACGUGGGAGGGGAACCCCGCCAACAUCAGCUGCGAGGUGGAGGCUCACCCGUCCGCAGACAUGUCGUGGUUCAGAGACGGUCUCCAGCUGCCCAACGCCAACUCCAGCAACGUCAAGAUCUACAACACCCCCUCCGUCAGCUACCUCGAGAUCAACCCUGAGUCUCAGAAUGACUUUGGGAGCUACAACUGCACAGCCACCAACAGCAUGGGCAGUGAGUCCAAGGAGUUCCUCCUCAUACAAGCAGAGGUGCCGUCCUCCCCGGAGAUCCAGCAGGUGGAGCCCUUCUCCAGCACAGCCGUGGUGGAGUUCGAUGAGCCUGAUUCUUCAGGAGGAGUCACCAUCCUCAAGUACAGAGUGCAGUGGCGUCUGCCCGGGAGCCAGUGGCACGCACGAGAGUAUGAGGCUUCAGAUGACCUGACAAAGAUCACCAUCACGGGACUCAAGCCGGAGACUUCCUACGAGGUGCGCAUGUCGGCCAUCAACGGCAAAGGCGAGGGGGAGUCCAGCGCCGCCGUGAACUUCAAGACCGAGCCUGUCCAAGGGGAACCCACUGCUCCCAAAAUCGAGGUCAAAGUUCACAACAAAGGCAACGCCCUGGAGGUCAACUGGUUCAAACAGGACGACGGCGGCUCCCCCAUCAAGCAGUACCUGGUCCGGUACAAGGCUAAGCACACAUCGGACUGGAAGCCCGAGAUCCGCCUCCCCCACGGCAGCAAGUCCGUGGUGCUGCACGGGCUCGACUGGAACACGGAGUACGAGGUGCACGUAUUGGCAGAGAACCAGCAGGGCAAGUCCCAGCCGGGGGUCAUGUCCUAUAAAACAGCCUUCGAGCCCACCACCGUGCCAGGCCAACCAGAAGGGACGGGCAUGGGCACCGGCGCCAUCGUGGGCAUCCUGAUCGUGGUCUUCUUCGUGCUGCUGGUGAGCGUGGACGUGACCUGCUACUUCCUGAACAAGUGCGGCGUGCUCAUGUGUCUGGCCGUCAACGUCUGCGGCAAGAGCGGCCCCGGCGCCAAAGGGAAGGACAUCGAGGAGGGAAAGGCUGCGUUCACGAAAGAUGAGUCGAAGGAGCCCAUUGUGGAGGUGAGGACAGAGGAAGAGAACAUUCCACACCAGGAGGGAGGAGGCGCCACUGAGCCCAACGAGACCACCCCGCUGACAGAACCAGAUGGUAAAACGGUAAAAGAGGACGGAGAGGUGAAGAACGGCACGGCUGAACCCCACAACGUCUCUGCGCCCGAAGUGAAGACUGUUCCCAGCGAGGCCCCGCAGGCCAACGGCAACGAGAGCAAAGCGUAA